AUGGACGAGGCUUACAAGAUACAGAGGGAGUGGUAUCAUCAUGGAGAAGUGGUUUCAGUAGACAGCAAUGUUAGUCAGUGGAAUGAAGAGGUUUUAGGGUUAUACAGAGCUGCUGAAUACUUAGAUGAAGAGUUAGCUGCUCAGGGUGAUGAAGAGUUAGCUGCUCAGGGUCAAUUAGUGGAUGAUGCUGAGGGUGAGGCCGAUGACAAGAAAGAGGACGAGUUCUUUGCGAAACUAGCAGAUGCUGAAACUUCUUUAUACCCUAUGUGUGCAAGUCAUAGCAAAUUAUCAGCCAUUGUUUCACUGUAUAGAAUCAAGACAGAAAAUGGCUGGUCAGACAAAAGCUUCAACGAUCUUCUAAGGACUUUGCCAGACAUGUUACCGGAGGAGAAUAAGUUGAAGAAGUUUGACAAUUGUCCUAAGUGCAAGGCGUCGAGAUGGAAGGUAAAUAUGCACACUGGUCAGAUAAAGAAAGGUGUCCCCCAGAAAGUUUUAAGGUACUUUCCAAUUAUACCGCGACUGAAGAGGAUGUUUAGGUAUGAGCAACUUGCCAAGGACCUGCGGUGGCAUUUUUCGAACAAGAGUAGUGAUGGAAAACUGCGUCACCCUGUAGAUUCUGUUACAUGGGAUCAGAUGAAUGCGAAAUACCCUGCGUUUGCUGCUGAACCAAGGAACAUCCGUCUGGGACUUUCGACUGAUGGAUUUAACCCUUUCAAUAUGAAGAACAACAUAUACUGUUGUUGGCCAGUUUUGCUAGUGAAUUAUAAUAUGGCUCCUGACCUAUGUAUGAAGAAGGACAACAUCAUGCUUAGCUUGUUGAUUCCUGGGCCGCAACAACCUGGUAAUAGCAUUGACGUUUACUUGGAACCUCUAAUAGAGGAUCUAAACCAUUUGUGGAGUAAAGGAGAGAUAGCUUAUGAUGCUUUCAGUAAGAGCAGUUUCACACUAAAAGUAAUGCUCUUAUGGACUAUCAGUGAUUUCCCUGCAUAUGGAAAUCUUGCUGGAUGCAAAUUUAAAGGUAAGAUGGGUUGUCCUUUAUGUGGAAAAGACAUUGACAGUACGUGGUUGAGUAAUAGUAGGAAACAUGUAUAUAUGUGCCAUCGCAAAGGUCUAUCACCAACACACAGUUAUCGGGGGAAAAAGACUUGGUUUGACGGGAAAGCUGAACAUGGGAGGAAGGGCAGGAUAUUAAUUGGUCAUAAUAUCUCUGUCCUCUUAAAAAAUUUCAAAAAUGAUUUUGGGAAUAAGAAAGAGAGUGGGAAGAAGAGAAAGCAGACUGCUGCUACUGAGUCAUCCUCAUCUGAUGAGUCUGAUGACACUGAGUCUGAGGAAGAGGAAAAAGACGAGGAAGAGUUAUCCAGAUGGAAGAAAAGGUCUAUAUUUUUCAAGUUGUCUUAUUGGGAGAUAUUAAGACACAAUUUAGAUGUGAUGCAUGUGGAGAGAAAUGUGGCUGCAAGCAUUGUGGCGACAUUGUUGCACUGUGGGAAAUCAAAGGAUGGUUUAAAGACUCGCAAAGAUCUCCAACUUUUAGGCAUUAGAAAGGAUUUGCAUCCUAGAGAAAGCGGUAAACGUAUCUACCUUCCAGCUGCUCCUUGGUCUCUAUCAAAGGCAGAAAAGAAAGUAUUUUGUUUACUGCCUAAAGGUCCAAGGAUUGCAAUUUCGCGCCUCUGCUCAUUUUUCAACCAUCUUUGCCAAAGAGUUGUUGAUAUGGAGAAGAUCACAGCAUUGGAAAAUAAAAUUAUGGAAACUCUGUGCAUGUUCGAGAGAUUCUUUCCUCCAAGCUUCUUUGAUAUAAUGGUGCACUUAUGUGUUCAUCUAGGCAGAGAAACCAGAUUAGGUGGACCUGUCCAUUUCAGAUGGAUGCAUCCAUUUGAGAGAUACACGAAAGUUUUGAAAGAUUUCGUAAGGAAUCCUGCGAGGCCAGAGGGUUGCAUAGCUGAGUCGUAUCUCGCAGAAGAAUGCAUGGAAUUCUGCAAGAGGCGUCCUAUCUCUGCUGGUUUAUCUGUUAUUUUAAGUGACAUGGAGAAGAAAAUAGCCCACCUUGCUGUCAUUCAGAAUACAGCUCUAGUGGAGCCUUAUGUGGACAUGCACCUACAAUACCUACAAGACUCAAACAUAAGAUGCAGACGUGAUGCAAGUAUACCUGUAGAUUCCGAUGAUCAUGACCAUAUACUCAAAUGGUCGGCGUAUGGUCCUAGAACAAGUGCUAGAACUUACACUGGUUAUAUAGUGAAUGGGCUGAGGUUUCACACAAACUCUGUUGAUAGGCUAAGCCAGAAUAGUGGAGUGUUUUAUGAAGCAACAACCAUGUGUCGAUCUAGUGCCAAGGACACUUCCCAAGUAGCUGAUUGGGUAUCAUACUAUGGGAGAGUCACUGAUAUUAUUCUCCUUGACUACAACGUUUUUUAUGUUCCACUUUUCAAAUGUCAAUGGGCAGUUAGAGGUAAUGGAGUGAAAAUAGAAGAUGGCUUCACACUUGUUAACUUGAAGCAAAGUCAAACAUCUUUUUCAAGUGAUCCAUAUAUACUAGCAUCUCAAGCGAAGCAAGUAUUUUAUUCAAGAGAAGAUGAUUCUUCCAGUUGGUAUGUUGUCAUGAGAGGUCCUUCUAGAAGAUACAAUGAGGAAGCUGUAAACGAUGGACUUCCAGAAGUUGGACCAUUGCCAUCCACUAUUGAUAUGGUUAUUGAAGACGUACAUGAGGAUGAGUCUUAG